AUGACGUCACGCGCGCAACAGCUGAGGGGGAUGCUGGGCCGCACGAGGCGGGCGUGCGCCGCUGCCACGUCACGGGAUUCGCUGCUCUCUGCCACGUGGCAGCUCGCGGUUGCGUCGGACACAUCACUGUUAGCCACUAGCCGAGCGCAUGGCGCAGCAACUCUUAGCGCAGCGGGGAAUGCAGCAGCAGGCGCUGCAGCGGGCGCAUCAGCACAGGCAGCAGCGCCGUCUUCGUUGUUACAACCAUUGGAGGGCGUUGCUGUGCCUCUACACUUUCAAGCAUCCGCGCCCGUCGCUCUGCGGUCCCUGGGAUCCCUCGAGUGCUCCCCCCAGCCAUCCCUUUUCGCCCAUGCUCUCCCGUCGUCUCGCUCCCACGCGCUGCUCUGUAAACCAUGGGGGGCACAGCCACAGACCCUGUUGGAAUGGCCUCGUGUGCAGGUUGUGGGUGGGGUGCGCACGAGUCACAGUCAGUCUGCUGCUGCCAUUCACUCGUGCGCGCAGCCCCAGCAGCUGAGCGCCGCGCUGCUUCUCCGCCUGCCACGUGGCAUGCGGCCAUUGCAGCAUCGGUGGUACGCCACACAGGGAAGCAACGGCAGGGGGGGCAAUGAGGGAGGCACUGGGAGGCGGGAGGUGGUACGGCAGGAGGAGGAGGACGUGUUCAGCAGCAUCACCGACAAGAUCCCCGAACGGAACCAGCAUCGGUGGUUCGCCACACAAGGCAGCAGCAGUGACGGCAAGGGGAGGCGGGAGGUGGUGCGGCAGGAGGAGGAGGACGUGUUCAGCAGCAUCACCGACAAGAUCCCCGAACGCCCUGUGUCCGCCGCCGAGGGCGCAUCGUACUCAAUCGUCAUCCUGGCUGCGCUGGCUGUGGCGGCCGGGGCGGCGUAUUUUGUCGUCAAGGAGCUGCUGCUGGAGCCCAAGGAGUGCGUGUGCACAGAUGGGGAGGGGAACUGUGGAAGAAGGAAUGGAGGGGCUGUGUUGCAUGUCAUUGUGAUAUCACGGCUGGGGUCGCCCAUCACGGGGUACGGCCAGGAGAGCCGGAACCGGGCGGCACGGCAGCGAAUCAGCCACCGCGUGUGGACGGAUGAGGAAGGGGUGGAGCGGAUCCAGGUUCAAUUCCACAUCCGAGGUACAGGGGGCACAGGGCUUGUGCACGCUGAGAUGUUCAAGGACAGUGAUGAUGGCGGAGCUUGGAAGUUUACGUACCUCCUUGUUGAUGUAAUGGGUCCUAGCAUCGCCAGCCCGAUUACGCUCCCUGUUCCGUCCAUAGCACAGUCCGCCUGCAACGCUCCGCGCCCGCCGGGAGCGGGCCAUAGCGACGCGCUUAGUCCUCUUCACGCCGCGUCGCUUGGCCCAACCGCAUCGCAGUCAGAGUCCAUGGACGUGCGCGGGACACACGCUAGUGCUGACGUGGAUAACGAGAGCAACGACCGAUGGCAGCAGUGGCAGGAGGAGCGACAGCGAGAGACGUCUAGCGCGCUCGAGCCGACUCCUAAGAGGUUACGCGGCUCGUACCGCUGCCGUCGCUGCGGCCAGCCUAAGAAAGGCCACGUGUGCCCGCUGACAUCACCUUCUCCCGCACCGCCGUACGCCCGUCGUCCAUGUCAGUCCAAUCCGCACCACGCGAACCACUCCCAUCCGCCUAACCCCUCUUCUUCCGUCGGAUGCGGCGAUCCUUCGUGCGGCGGCGCGUGCGGCAACUCCCGCGACUGCGGAUUCGAUUCGCCCAGCGGGAUCACCCGCGCGGACGUGCGCAAGCCCGCGUCGUGCGGCAUGGGGAACAUGCAGCCGCUGCGCCUCCCCGACGCCUCCGCCGGCCCCGCGGACUCCGCCAACGCCUACACUGCGGACGGCGGACGCUCCUCCGCGUGCCACGGCGGGCCGAACGCGCAUAUAAGCCUCACCGCGCCCGCGCUCACCGCAUCAUGCCGCAGCCUCCCCAGUCGCAGCGGCUUGUCGGACUCCAACUUCUCCUUCCCCGCCGCGCACACCCACGCGCACGGCAACGCGCACGGCGCCAUCACCUCGAGAAUGGCGCCCCACUGCGCCUCCCCGCACAGCCUUCCGCCGCUCUCCCACUCGAGCCUCCGCCCUGGUCCCCCCGGGGCGAGCGGGCCGGCAGCGGCGGGUUCCGUGCGGCCGGUGGUGCAGAGGAGUCCCCAGGAUAUGUGCAUGCUCAACAUCCUCGCUAAGACUUCAGCCGCUCUCCCUCAGCCGCCCCGCGCCUUCUCGUCGCUGGCGACGGACGCGCUCGUCUACGUGCCCUUCAUGCUGCGCCGCUGCCCGCGCCUCGUGCACCUCUCGCUGCAAGCCGCCAGAUGCGUGGACGAUCGCCUACUGCAUCGCAUAGCCGCCGAGCAGCCAAAUUUGGAGUCGCUCGUCAUUCGCACGGCGCCCAACGUCGCAUGCCACGUCACGGACAACGGCAUGGCGGCGCUGCUACACGGGUGCGCGUCGCUGCGCGCCGUGGACAUGGACGGAUGCAUCGCACUGCCAUCGCUCACCGUCGCCUCGCAGUCCUUGACGGCGCUGACGCUCUCCGCCUGCGCGCGCCUGUCGCGCCUCUCCCUCGCGUGCCCCUCGCUGCAGCGCCUCUCGCUCUCCCUCCUCCCCGCGCCCGCUCCGCCCUCCGCCGCUCCGCCGGCGCGCACGUGCUCCCAGACGCACGCGCACGCUAGCGCGCAGAUGAGCGGAGAUCCCGCGCACGCGGAGGCGGUGAUCAGCCACGUGGCCAGCCUGGCGGCGCCUCUCGAGCGCCUGCACAUCGCGUCGCCCUACACCACCGACUCGAUGGUGGCGGCGCUGGUGCGCGCACACGGGUCGUCACUCUGCGCGCUCUCCAUCACGCACUCGCUCUCGCUCACCGAUGAGGGCGUGGCGGACAUCUGUCGCGCCUGUCCGCAUCUGCAGCACCUCGACCUCUCCGCCUCGCCCAACCUCUCAGAUGCCGCCCUCCACGCCAUCAGCGCCUCGCUCUCUCACUCCCUCACACACCUCCUCCUCGCCGCCUGCCCUGGCAUCACGCCACGUGGCGUGCAAGCAUUGGUGCAGCGCCUCCCCAAUCUGGAGCUGCUAGACGUGGGGCGGUCGCUGCUCCCCCGCGCCCCCUCGCCCUCCCCCACCCUCGCCAGCGCCGCCAGCACCACCACCGCCAUGGGCGCAGGGGGCAUGGCGGACGGGUGGAGGGGGAACAGCGGGGGACAGUGGGGGGACGCGGGGGGCGAUUUUCAGGGGGAGAUGGGGAUGGGGAUGGAUGGGGGAAUGGGGGGAACGGGGGGCGAAGGCAGCAACGGAUACAUGGGGGGUGGGGAGGGCAGUGGUAUGGGGGCGUCAAGCGCAACAGGCACGACAAGAGGAGUGUCGGCAGGAGGGGAGGGGCGGCGGUUAGAGCUGCGCAGCAGCAGCCUGAGGAAGCUCAGUCUCUGGGGCUGCUCUCUGCUGCAGACGCUUGUCCUCGACUGCCCGCAGCUGGAGCACCUUAAUGUGAACUCCUGCACCGCACUGCACCCAUCUGCCUACGGCUGCCGCCUCAACUGCCCGUCGCUGCGGUUCAUCCUGGCCGUUGGAUGCCCCGUGUCGCCCCACACCCUUCUGCGCGCGGCGUGCCUUGCAGACCAAUCCCCGUGCAUGGGCGAUGGCAUGGGGGAUGGUAUGGGGGAUGGUAUGGGUGAUGGUAUUGGGGAUGGUAUAGGUGAUGGUAUGGGUGAUGGUAUGGGUGAUGGUAUGGGGAAUGGUAUGGGUGAUGGCAUGGGCGAUGGUUAUGGGGAUGAUAUGGGUGAUGGCAUGGGGGAUGGUAUGGGGAAUGGCAUGGGCGUCCCUCCCAACACUUGCAUGGGCGAUGACAUGGGGAAUGGCAUGGUCAAUAGCAUGGGGAAUGGCAUGGUCAAUGAUGGCAUGGGUCCAUCUCAAAGCGGGUAUGUGGGAGAUGGCAUGGGGAAUGGCAUGGAUCCAUCCCUUGGCUCCCUCAUCCAUCCUAAAGCAUCUUCAUCAACCGUUCUUCUCACCUCAUUGUCCCCCGCCUCCUCUGCCACGCGCUGCCUGCACAAGUGCCAUCCCCGAUUGAAGAGCGUGCAAGCAUGCCGCCUGACCAUGGCUUUGAGAAUUCUCAAAGGCUUCCCACUUGUCCAUGCUGAGUGCCCGGCGGUACUGCCGGCCCGCCUGCACCAGCAGCAGCUGCUGCAAUCACUCAUCUGCCCGUCGACCCAUCACUGCCUUCCCCUCCCUCACCACCUGCUCCUGCUCCACCAACAACAGCAACCAUCGGCAACACCCCCAUGGGCACCGUCCCCAUCGCCAACCCACCCCCUGUCCUCCCAUCACCCAACCUGCCCCUCCUCCCCCUCCUGA